CCCCUUGUGACACAGAAACAGGAAGUGGCUGUAUCUCUAUUAUCAUCUCUUUAUAAGAGCAGCGGACACGCGGUGGCACAUCACACCUUUCUCUUCGUGCAGGUAACACACGGAGCCGCAUCACAGUCACAGCAGAUCCCUCCGCCACACAGGAACACACACUCACAUCCUCUGCGCCUCGCGACCUUCCUCUCAUCCUGCAGGUGUUUCCAGCUGAUAGUUUGAGCCUCAGUCGAUCAUGAUCCUGCUGACUCCCUCCUCCGGUUUCUUUCAGUGCACCAACAAGAUCUUCCUGACGGACGAAGCGACAGGACAGCAGAUCAAGGAAUUCGCUCGUAAAAAUGCAGCGAACGCUCUGUCGAUAGCCAACAUGGUGAUGGGCAUGGCGUCCAUCCUGAGCAGCCUGCAGGGGCACCAUCACGCCGCCUGUUGGCUCGUUCUGAUUGGCUACCUGCUGGACCUGGCCGACGGAGCCGUUGCCAGGCGGCUGGGAGCCUGCUCUGCUCUGGGUGCAAAGCUGGAUGAUUUCGCCGACUUCACGACGUUCGGCAUCGCCACCGCUCUGCUGCUGAGGACCACAGACCUGAUGGACAACAUCCUGUGUGUCUGCUACGUGCUUUCAGUGUUCGUCCGCCUCUGUUUCUACACCAGUGGAGUUCCCUUCAUGUACCGUGGUCUCCCCUGCAUCUACUCCUCUGGGAUCCUGGCCAGCGCCUCCCUGCUGUCGGGGGGGAACCUCCCGAUGCUGCGCAUCAUCGCUGUGGCCAUGAUCCUCUUCAUGAUCAGCCAGAGCUUCUACCCUCACGACCGCGUGCUCGAGUCCCAGGCCUGGAAGAAGGCAGUGUACGCUGGAGGAGUCGCCAUGGUGUUCUGCUCUUCCUUCCCCCCCGCAUGUGUGUACUACCUGUUGUGGUCAGUCUCCUACAUUUUGUUUCCAACAUCCCUCUGGAGCAACAAGGUGUAAAACGGGUGCUGGCUUUGUCCAAAAAAAAAAAAAAAACCCGAAUACUGUAGGUUACCCUCGGGCCGUCCCGGUGAAGACGAGGACGAAGAGGAGCUACACGCCUGCUGCUAAACACAGGAUAAAAGAAGAAAUUAUUUCAAACGCACACAUUUAUAAUGUCUGCCUCUAAUUUGGUUUAUAAAAUGUUUAAUUGUGAAAUGACGCGGGACUAUGAUCUUGUGUUAAUGAGUAACUGUUCCAGUGCUACGGUAUGUAGGUCAGGCCUUUUUAUGAUGAAUAUAAAUCCAAUUCCUUUUCCUGGUUUAUCUUUAACAGACAGCACUACGACUAGUAGGGAGGCCACUCUAUUCUAUUAUCCAUUUAUCUGCCGGUUAUUUUCUCCAGGUCGGGCUUUAAAAUGUUAGAAAACAGUCCUGAGAUCAGUCCUUAAGACAAAAGACAUCACUUUAAAUACCAGAUGAAUCAGAAAUCAGACAAGCUUCAUAUCUGAGAGGCUGGAAGCAGCUUCUUCAGACGUCUUUGCAUGCAAACAAUUACACGAUUAAAACAAAUACCUGGCUCUUAUUUUCUGUGGAUGGCAUAAUGCAGUCUAAUGAGCAGUCCUGCGUUUACGGACUGUCUUUGAAUGCAUCAGGGUUUGAGGUGUCAUAGCAUUCAGGUCAGGAUGUUUGUCUCCUUUUUAAAAAAAAAUCCACCUUUCCCAGUUUGUGCAUUGGUUUCAAAUCCAGUGACAGAAAACACGUUUCAUUUUAGAGUUAGCAGGUUUUACUUAGUUUUUAAUUGAAAAUCCACCGACUUCUACUUCUUUAUGGUUUUUAUCAAGUUGUGGCUCUGUCCAAGAAAUGAUGUGUUUAGAUUUAGUUUGGUCUUUGGCGUGCCUCUGUUUUAGGAGGCAUUGCAGUUUAAAAAGUGACUCCACACUGGACUCUAAACCCUUAAAGCAGCAGCAGUGUUCGGCCGGCUCUCCAGUGUGGAUUUGUUAUUAAAGAGCGACAACACGCAGCUGCAAGUCGUGCAGAGCGUCAGCGUGUCGUCGCUCUUUGACUCGGCCAGUAUUCAGUCUGAGGGACUUGUUUUGUAGACUGCGUUUCACCGUGUGUGUGUUUGUGCCGCUCUAAAUCCUGUGUGACACGUGUGGAGAUCACACAGUAUAACCACGACUGUAUUUAAAGCUUUUAAUCAAGGGGUGGAUCACCGUUUAAAGAGGCCCUAUAUUCUGCUUUUUGGGGGGGGGGGGCUUCCUGUCGUUUCUCUCCCACUUCCAGAGCAUAGUGACGUCACUAUAGCGCUCCGACACAUUGAUAAGCUGAGGGGGCGGGACAUCUUUAAGCUGGUUGACCAAUCACAACAGCGCCAGCCAGCUAACCAAUCAGAGCGGACUGGGCUCUGACUUUUUUUUCUAAAAAUGUUAGAAUUCUGACUUUUUCCAAGAAUUCCGACUCUUUAAAAAAAAAAAAAAAUCUUUUUUCAGGAAAUCUCAAAAUGUGACUUCUUUUGUUAAAAUCCCCAAUUCUAACUUUUUCCUCCAACACAUUGUACGUGAUAGGGUUAGGGGGCGGGACAUCUCUAAGUGGUUGGUGAAUCACAACCCAGCUGACCAAUCAGAGCAGCUCUGGUUUCAGACAGAGGGUGAAAACAGGCAGUAUGAGAAACAUAAAUUGAGCAUUAAAGCACGGAGACACUAAUCAACCCUUUAAAUGAACAGAAUUGGGCCUCUUUAAGUUCACUGAUUUUAAAGCAACAUCAGAACAAGACGAGCUCAUUUUAAACUCCAUUAGCUGGAGUGUUUCUGAUGUAAAAGUAAAGAACACGCCUCCUCUGGUUCUGAUGUUCCCCGUGGUUCCUGUCUAAGUUUUAGUACCCUGAGAGGCGUUCAAAGACACGUUCCUCUCCGGGACAUUCAGCUUUCCUGUGUGGGUGUUUUGGUUUCAGACUGUGAGGUGUUUGCAUGCCGAGCGCUGCACACGUUCAGCAACUCUACUUUGCCCCAUCAUGAUGAUAACAAGAGAAAUGAGAUCUGUGCUUUUACUUUCACUGUCUGUACAUUUUUUGACAAUAAAGAGGAAAUGAAAUGAC